CGCGUGCUGCGCAGGAAGCCGGUCCUGCUAGGCGUUUUCGCUGUGCCCUGGUUUAUCUGCGGCCUAUCGUUCUGCACCGUGGGCGCCAUGCAAUCCAUUGGCCAGUUGAGCAGCUUCUGUGGCAGCUACGGCUUGAUGGCGCUGCUCAGUCUGCUGCAGUGUGUGGCGGUGGGCUGGAUGUACGGCGGCAUGCGCUUCCAGGCCAACUGGGCCGCCAUGCAGGGCUGCUGCUGCUGCCCCUACCCCCUCAUCUUCUGGGCGGUCGUCACACCGCUACUUCUCUUCGUGAUGCUGAUCGCGUGGUUCUUCACCCUUUCCACAUAUAACCAUGACCUGAUUCAACUAGCGGCUUUCAUCAUCACGCUGCUGGUGGUUGUCAUUUCCGCGGUGAUAAUCUUCUGCAAGCAGCCGGGCAGCGUGCGACAGAAAUGGCGUGCAGUCUCUUCGCCUCAAGGUCUGGCUGACCAUCAGCUGAGGCCGCGCGACCGACGCUACAACAACGUCGCCAUGGGGAACGUGGGCGCGUGGCGGCCGGAACCGACCGCCCAGCUGAGCCUGACGCCCCGGUGA